UGAGCGAGACUCCGUCUCAAAAAAAAAAAAAAAAACCUGAAAACAAAUCACUCUCAAAUUCAGCACUUAACAACAACAAGCAUUUACUAUUAUCAUGCUGAUUCUGAGGAUUAGGAAUUCAGGAAUGGCUUACCUUUCACCCACCAACUCUGCCUCCUUCUUUCUCCAAAGACACUCUAGUUAGUUAAGCUUCUGAAAACCUGGCUUAGGGAGCCAGUUUGAGGUUGGUUUAAUGGAGAUUUGUUUUAUGAAGCUUGGGACUAUGUUGAAGUGGUGGACCAAGAACUGUGUAUAAGAACUUUAGUUGGAAAAAUUAAUACUGUGCAUUUUCCCCCAACACCAAAGAUCCUAGUGGGACCAUGGAUCUGUUUGGAGAUAUAGAUGACAUUUCUUCUGAGAGUGAUGAGGGCAAUCAACCACCUACUCCACGACAGCUGGUUGAUGAACAUGGAGUGCCUCAGGACCAGCAGGAGGAAGAGCCAAUUUCUGAAACCAUAAUAGAAGAAGAAAUUCCCAGUAUCAACUCUGAUUUAGGAAAUGAAUUGUAUUUUGUUAAAUUACCCAAGUUUCUCAGUAUAGAACCCAAGCCUUUUGAUCCUCAGUUUUAUGAAGAUGAAUUUGAAGAUGAGAAAGUGCUUGACGAGGAAGACAGAAUCAGGUUAAAAUUAAAGGUAGAAAAUACUAUAAGAUGGAGGAUACGCCGGGAUGAAGAAGGAAAUAAAAUUAAAGAAAGCAAUGCUCGGAUGGUCAAGUGGUCAGAUAGAAGCAUGUCCCUGCAUUUAGGCAAUGAAGUGUUUGAUGUGUACAAAGCCCCGCUGCUGGGCAAUUACAUCCACCUGUUUAUAAGAGAAGACACUGGUCUGCAGGGACAAGCCAUCUUUAAAUCCAAACUUACCUUUAGACCUCACUCUGACAGUGCCACAUACAGAAAGAUGACCCUGCCACUUGCUAAUAGAAGUUCAAAGACACAGAAAAUUAGAAUCUUACCAAUGGCGGGUCGUGAUCCUGAAGGCCAACACACAGAAGUGAUGAAGAAAGAGGAACGCUUGAGGGCUUCCACUCACCGGGAGUCUCAGGCAAUCCAUCUGCGGGAGAAGCGCUACCAGCAGGAGCCAAGUGUCUCCUACCAGGACCCUGGCAGUGACGGUGUGGAGGAGGAAAGCAAGGACACCUUCAGCCUGGCUGCUAUUAAAAACUAUUAUCAAGGUGAAUUCCAAGGUGAGUCAGGUAUGGAGGUCACAUUUCAUCAUUUCAGGGUGGCAGUGCCUGCUUUUGCUCUGGCGAGCUGUUACUCCUUGUCCUACUAUUUAUUGAGGACAAAAGUACGAAAGCCUUUUUGUUUUCUCUCCCACAGAAAAGAUUAGCUGUGAAAAUAUGGCAUCUGGCCGGGCGCAGUGGCUCACGCCUGUAAUCCCAGCACUUUGGGAGGCUGAGGCAGGCAGAUGAC